AUGGAGUGCAUGCCUGUUGUUCGUGCACGUACAAGCGCAUGCAUGUUCGCAUAUAAAAAGUAUCAGCUCAGUGCCUUUGUUGCUAAAUUGAAGGCAAAAGGAACAAGAGACAAACCAUCGAAUGUGUUGGAUGUUACUCAGCUGCCUUCGAGGAAACUCGUUCUGUCAUUCGUAACAGCUUCUGGUUGUCUUGCUCUAAUGGCUGAAUGGAGCUGGGUGGCCUACACAGUACUGGAAGUGCUUAUUGCUGCAGCAUGUUGCUUUGGUAACGUGUUGGUGAUGUGUGCUGUGUGUUUCGGUAUCCGGGAUUCCCUUCGGGAACCAACAUUCUGCUUCCUCGUGUCCUUGGCAGUGGCUGACUUCCUUGUGGGUGUGGCCGCUGUGCCCCUUGCAGUAUUAUUGGAUGGCUGGGUGAGUCUAAUCCCUGAGUUGUGCCUGCUUCUCAGCUGUGUUGUGCUGGUGUUGACGCAGGCAUCUGUGCUGUCACUGCUAGCAAUUGCUGUGGACCGAUACCUGCGGUUGCACACACCACUCAGAUACAAAGCCUUGGCCACACAAAGGCACACAUGGAUCGGCGUGUCUGUUUGCUGGAUGCUUUCAUGUCUCCUUGGCUUCACUCCUCUAUUCGGCUGGCACAAUUACUCCUCCCCAGCAUCUGAUUCUACCAACACAUCUUCCACUUCUUUCAUCCGUCCGCCGUGCACUUUCCUCUCAGUUAUCUCCCUCCCUUUCAUGGUCUACUUCAACUUUCUCGGAUGUGUCAUGGCACCCCUGCUGGUCAUGACCCUCCUCUACACCCGAAUCUUUUGGAGCCUACAGGGACGUCUAAAGGACAGCUGCCCUCAGACCCAGGCCUCUCUGCUCAGGGAGAAGAGGCUGGCCUGCUCCCUGGCUCUCGUCCUCAUCUUGUUUGCUGGCUGCUGGAUUCCUCUCCACCUGAUGAACUGUCUGCUGUUGUUUCAAGGCCCUCAGGCUGUCACACAGGGAACGCUCUAUACAGGCAGGUGA